CCUCACAGCUCUCCUGACACCCGUGCGACACCAAGAGAAAUGGACCAAAUGUCAUGCUGAUGGAAACUGGCCAGCCUGUCUCCAACACCAGUGGGACGGGACUAGCCAUGCCAGUAGCCUUUCUUUAGCUAAGCUGUCUUGCGAGUUCUUGCCUGUCAGGUCUUCAAGCUUGGGUAACUCAGGGGUUUCAUCAUGUUCUUCAGCUGGUUCUUCGUGGGACACUCCAAGACAUGUAGGUAGCACCAAACUAGUUCAAGGCAAAGUUUCAUCACCUAACAACAGAACUAAAGACCCUUGGUUAGAAUUUGGCUGCCACAGAAGGAAGUGGAGAUCUAAUAGGACAACAGAAACCAUCUCCAGCAUAUGGACUAACAGUUCAUUGGACUGUUGUCUUUAGUCUGAUUCCUAAAACAUCUAUAACAAUAUAUAUAUACGGGCACUAUUAUAUGUAAAGCUAUUGUAUACUGAAUGCAAGUCAGUUCCAGAGCUUGAGGGAAGCAGGAGCGUAGGAGACAAGAAUGGUUGCAGGACCUAAGAGAAGAAGAGCUGAUGCUGGACGUUGGGUGUCUCUCUCUGAUGGUGGUGAGCAGCUGAAGGUUAGAGAUGCUGGAACUAAUGAAGUAACUGGACAACAGCUAGUGAGGGAAGCUGAGGAGUUUGUUGGAGCUGAAAAAAGCUCAGUGGCAAAGGUAGCAGAAAGUUUUUCAGCGUGGCAUGUGUAUGUCUAUACACCAGAGGGCUGUGCCACCAUUCAGAGGGCCUUCCAGAGGUUGGAGAAGAAGGCCAGCAGGAACCUCAUGAAUUUUAAUAAUGGGAAAUGCAAAGUCCUGCACUUGAGGAAGAACAGCCCCAGGCAUCAGUAUAUGCAGGGAGACACCCAGCUGGAAGGCAGCUUGGCCAGGGAAGGUUCUGAGGGUUCUGCUAGAUACCAAGCUGACCAUGACCCAGCAAUCUGCCCUCACAGUAAACAAGGCAAACAGCCUCCUGGGCUGCAUUAGGAGGAGUGUUACCAGCAGGUCAGGGGCUGAUCCUUCCCCCAUGCUCAGCCCUGGCGAGACAAGCCUGGAGUGCUGGGUCCAGUGCUGGGCUCACCAGUACAAAGGACAGUACAGACUGGAGCAAGGGCAACAAAGAGCUGUGGGGAUGAUGAAUUGCCAGGAGCAUCUCUCACACAAGGAGAGGCUGAAAGAGGUGACAUUGUUUAGCCUGGAGAAAGUCCAUGGAAGAUGCUACCCAUAUAUAUAAAUACUUGAUGUGGUGAGUGAAGAAGACAGAUUACUCAGUGGUAUCAAAUGACAGAAGCAAUGGACACAAACUGAAGCAAACAUAAGGAAAACCUUUUUCUCUGAGGGUGGUCAAACACUGGAGCAGGUUGCCGUGAGAGGCUGUGGGAUCUUCAGCCUUGGAGAUAUUAAAAGACCCAACUGCACACAACCCUGAGCAACCUGUUCAAAGUGACCCUGCUCUGAUUAUGGGCUUGGACCAGCAACUUCUAGCAGUGCUUCCAGUCCCAGUGAUGUGGCGAGCCAGCCAUGAGAGCAGUGGCAAGGCUCUUUGGUCUGCCAUUGUCAAUUUCCCUGUCUUGUACAGAAGAGACCUGUGCUGUCAGGGGAAAGACCUGCAGUAACCUCUUCCCUCUCCACCUUUUCUGCAUUUCUCACCCUUUUUCCCCAGCCUAAUGCCACAAAGCAAUGAAAGCUGAAGAGCACAUGGAAGGCACCUCCUGUGCCAGCUGAGGAGCAAAGCAGCAAGGGAGAAUGGGACUGGCUGUUACAUCCCAUGCACCCUGCUGCACUGCAGAAGUUCUCUCACUGGUGUCCCUGCCACAAACUGGGAUGAGGAUUGCCUGCUGCUGCACGAUAUUAUGGCAAAGCAAGAUUCAGCCUCUCUUCUCUAUUCCAUACUGCUCUUCACUGUCCUCAGACCUGGCAAUCGCAGCAGGUGGCAUGGUGAAAACCCAACGGAUCUGCCUGAUUAAAAAAGUAGUUCUGGUGUAUAACAGAUGGACUUCAUGAUCUGAGCCCUUAGAUUGUAUUUCCUAUGUCACAGCAAUUAGAGCAAUUCAAGUAAAUUGACUCGUCAUCUGAGGGUGUCACCCACUUGGUGCAUGUGCUUUGGUAAGCGGAACCAUUCUGGCACCAUUAGUAGCAGAGUAAAAGCCACACAUGACUCAUUCCCCUAAAAGCCAUACUGUAGGUAAUUACUAGCCAUUCACUAAUAGCAUGGCACAUAAGGUAGCAGUACUUAGGAGGGGAGGUGGCAUCUCAUUACAUGAACAGUAAAUCAAGCCCCUCUCAUGCUAUAAGCCAAAUUAUAUCAUAUUCUAGGAGUCGAACAGGAAAGAAAAAAAAGAAACCAAAAUGAAACAAAACCAACAAAACUACACACACACACAAAGCAACCAACCAACAAAACGCAGAAUCGAAAACAAAGCGGUGUAAAAUUUGACAUUUUUAUUGUAUCACCAGGAGUUGCGUCAUGGAAUCCUUCCAGAGCACCGCAAAAUCACUUCAGGCCACUCAGCUCUGCAAAUCAGGAUGCUUUUUUUUAGUUCCGUGUUAAGCACUUGUCUUAAAAUGUCCAGUUUCUGUCAGCUGGCAGUACUCGUAGCUGUCGUUGGUGUUCAUAGCAAGAGGCUGACUUCUAAGAAGUGGUAUAGCUCUCACCAAGCAAGUGAAGGAAGCAGCUUGAUAAACACCCACCUUCAUGGGGAUGGAGCAACAAACAGAAAGUGCCUGGGGACACACUGAACUCCGCUGGGUCCUUUAUCGGCAGUAGCCUCUGGCUUAAAGGUGCUGUCUUUUCAGAUAAGUCAUCAAACAAUUUGUUUUCUACCCAGUGGCAUCCAUAUUCAUGAGAGAAAAGAGAGUUGGUGGAUGCAGUGAUAGCAGCAGAGUUCAGGCCCAGGUUCGGAAGACUUUCUCUACCUGCAAAAAGGUCUAAAUUCAGGUGUGAGAGGUUAUCCAGGCUUUGUGCUGGCACGCUGCGCUGAGCAGCAUCUCACUCACAGUCCUUGAGCCUUUCAGGCUCACCUGGGUUCAAGCUGUAAAAAUCAUCACAUGCUUCCACAAAUUUUGCCCUGUUCUGCUCCCAACAGACACGACUGUUUUGACUUCCAGAGAAUUUAUCUGAUCAGAGAAAUAUGCUAACAGUAGUUUCAGUGACACAUGUAAGACCUUCACAAUUAAGCCCAAGAAUUAAGUCACCUGCCCUCCCAGUUGCCACCAUAAUAACCACAUUGAUACUAUGCCUGAUUAAUCAGCCUACUUGCUUGCUUAGUUUUUAGGUAGGUAUGACAUGAUAAAGCAUGAGGAGAGAUAUGGUAUAUACUGGCUGAGAAGCUCUUCAGAGAUUAAAAAAGAAUCAUAAUCCUCUAAUACAUUGCAUUUAUCCUUCUCAAUGUGAGUGGUAUACAAUAAUUUUCUGAGCUGGUGCAUGUAGCGUGAGCAGCAGAGCUGGUUUCCCUAGUAGGCAGGUUUCACUGACAGGACAUCCUUCGUGAGGCAUUCCUGUACUACAUUUUCAGCAGAAAAAAAGAAAUCAGUAUAAGAAAAGAAAAUUGCACAAACACUCUGUUGUUUUGUUUUAGUGGUGGUUGGCCCCUUCGAUCGGCCAGUUUGCUGGUAAUGCACUCCUAAGCUGAUCAUCCAUGGCAGUGAAAUCAGACCCACCCAGACAACGUUUCUAGCUCUGAGGAUGUGACAUACAGUUAGGAAAACAGGAGGAAGAUUAGGAUAAAGGAAGGGGCUGAGCUGACUCAAAAGGCUCAGCUUAUCAGUGGCAUUUAUGUGUCACUGGUGCAUUAUCCUGAGCCUUGUGCUUUGUGGCUGACCCUCAAAGUGUCUGUUCCAAAUGGGAAAUUGAAUUUUAGUGAUAGAUGAGUGCCUGAAUGCCUGUCACGGUUACCUUCCCAAUCAACCUGAAUUCUUCUGCAGGUGAGCAGGAACUGUGGUAAAGCUGCUGCCUUAGUCUGACACAGCAUUUUGUUGCUAUUAACUAAUAUUUCACAAGAUUAUUUCAUUGGAUGGACCCACAUGAGUUACUCUUUAUGCCAGCCCAUUGAAAAAAAACAAUUCCAAAAUACGAAGUUUUGACACUUCAGGUACUGGGAAACACGUCUUCAGUUUGUUAAUGAUUUGUGGGCUCUUGCAUUUGCACAAUGAUGCACGUCAUGAUGCAACCUGGUCUCUGAAAAAUUAUAAAACUACUGGAAACAGAACUUAACAAAACUCAAAACUGACACCUGAAUCCAAAGGUCUGAAAGUUCGCCCUCUCUAAAGCAAGUGGUGUAAAAGCCUCAUUGCACCAGCUCACUCAUUAACAAACUGCAAUAACAAAUGGGACUAAACUUUGUUGCCAUUUCCUGUUCUUAGUUUGGAGUUAGUUUUGCAAAAUUCAGAGUGGACCUGAUGCCUUCAUUUAAAACACUUACUUGUUUUAACAGGCUGGCUGUUCCCUGAAGGUCUGUGGCCCAGCCAGAAGCUUACUAGAGAGAUCCAGCUUAGGAUUUGGUAUGUGCCACCUUCAGAAGGAUGAAAAAAGUUUCUGCUUUGCUCAAAAGGAAUGAGAGGAACACAGCAGAUCAACCAGCAGCAGAACUGAGUCAAGGAGAAAGCUUUUUGUUUGAACCAGUAGAAGAAUAAAAGACCGUAAAAAGAACUAAGUGUGGUAUUUAACUUUUCCUACUGAAACAGAUGGAAACCGUUACCAAUUACUUUUAUUUAAACUCUGAAAUAUUAUUUUUUCUAUUCUUCCAGUUCCUACGUGAAUACACACGUUUCAGCUAUUGCACAUGUACAUUUAUAUUUAAAUAAAAUUAAAUCAGAAUGUCUAUUCCAUAGCUGUUUUGACUGCCCAGACAUCAAGCACUUCAGGUUGGGUUUUCUUAUUUGUGGUAGUGUUGGUUUUUUUAGUGUUAGUUUGUGUGUUUUGUGCUGCUCCGCCUCUGGCCUUCUGGUCUGAGCACAGGGUGAUGUGAAAAAAAUGAGGUAAUGUCCAGGUCCUUUUAUCUUGUUCUUUUUGUAGGCUGAAGUCAUUGAGCCUUUUUCUUCAUCUUCAAACCCAAGGUCGUACAAGCAAAUUCCUAAAACCCUGCUCAGAGUAGAGCCAUGGCGAGGAAUCAGCACGCUGCGAAUGGCACUGGAGGUACCAGUGCUUAAGGCUGCUGUGUAAUCACUCUGUAGCUUUUCAGUUUUGAGAUGGAAAAAGCUGUAUUUUCUUUCAAAGUGAAAUGCAAACUGCUGUGUUUGCAGAUUUUUACUACAAAUCUAAUUUUGUGAUUAAUGGGAAGAAUGAAAUAGACCUAAGAGUUUUCGCAGUAGAAAUUACUUAAUAAGUUAGUAUGGAGUUCCUCACAUUAUGUUCUGUUCUCAGGUUUUGAUUCCUUCUUUGUUUUUUGGCUUUCUGCUGUUUUUCUUUUCUGUGUAUGUUUGUGCAUUUUUUUUUCUCUUUUUUUUUGGGAAAAAUCACGUAAGAAAAUGAUAGAAAAUGACAUCAUUUGGCCCAAGAACAUCCUCCACAGGCAGAAGGUACUAUCAGCUCUGGUGAACACUCAACUGGUGCCCUUCUGGAGCACUCAACGAGGGUAAAGACAGGAAGAGAUAGUUCCAAAUACAAUAUAUAUUUAUGUGGGGAAAGUAAUGCAUUUUCAAAAGCUGUCACAGGAAAUUAACAAGAUGGAUCUCAUUCAUUUUGAUGCUGUAGCGAUGCUUAUCCGUUAAGAUGUCAGGCAGUAUAAUAAUUUCUUGAAAAAUGAAAAUGGACGAGAAUCUGUGAUCUAUGGUACACGCAGAAAAUCAAGUAAUAAGACAAUUAGGUUGUUGUAGAUCAAUUGCAAGACAACUAAGAAUUAGUAUCCCGAAAUUAAACCUGUUAUAGAUGAUCUGUAUAAUACAGAUGUGCACAACUCUUGAUUCACUCUGUAUGGAAGAAAAAUAGCUGUAUAACCAAUCUGGAUAAUUCUAGUGUCCUGUUGUUAAAGCUGAAUGGUGGUUUAGGCCACAUAGACAAAAAAGUGUCAGUUUUGAAAAUAAUUUUGGCCAUCCCUAAUUAAGGGAUCAUUUAAAUCUGUUGUUGUGCUACCUCAAGCAGAGACCUAAAUCAUGUUUCUUCUACUUUUGAAAUCAGUACCUUCUGCAAGAAAAUAAAAGGUACCUCAGAAUCCACUUUGUGACUGCUGUGCUGUCAUUUAUUGUUUGUCAGAUACUCUGACUUGGCUGACCUCAAUACUCCAACAGCACUACUGUAAUAAUUAGCACACACUACACUAAGUAGUACACUUGUGUUACUGUAGCUUCAGUUAAGGCAGAUAAGAUGCACGGCAAUAUUGCUCAUGUGUGUUCUCCAGCAGGUCAGGAGUUCAAGGAGCAGUGAAGAUGCUUACACAGAUAUUUUACCACGCAUUUGCAGGAGAUGGCACACUCCAGACCUCCCUGGCAGCAGGAAGAGUACGAGCCCAGGGGCUGGACAGGCACCGGCAGUCUCUCCACAAUGUCCAAGCCCUGUCAAGGAGCAGCUCCCCCAACGGCAGGUCAGGUUGGCAGAUGGGGCACCCAUCCCCAUGGCAGAGUCUCACGCUUCCUCCUGGUGCUGCUGCAGGCUCUGCCGACCUGCUGGUUCCACUGGACACAGCUCCCAGCCCCUCCACUCUUGCUUGAACACUCCACCUGCUCUGUAGCUGAAAAUCUAUGGUUGGACCAUGAGUGGUCAUCCUGGUGCAAGAAGUCACCAACUCCCAGCCUUCACCAGCGAGGGAGUCUCCAUUUUCCAACUUGGUAAGCACAAACUCUGCCUGUGUUUCCUUUGAAACAACUGAAUGUUCAGGCUCUAUUUGGACUUGACCCAGUUAAGCUCUUCCUUGAUGUGUCCGGUCUGUUGAACUUUUCUUGGUGCUCCUUUACUUAGCAACAGAGAUCCUCCAACAGCACAGGCCCUCUGUGAGCCAGGGCACCAUCACCCCACACCUGGAGACUUGCAUCCUCCCAUGGCAGUUCCAUCCACGUCAGGAUCAGUUGCUCCGGUGGGUGCUUGGGACUGUGACCACUGGUGCAUCACCACCAUGAGUGAGCACAUGCGCAGGCUCUCAGCAGAGGUCCUGCUUCCUUCUGCACAAACUGUUGUGCAAAUACCCGGAUCUCUGGGCUCCCUCCCUGAGCCGCACUCAUUGAAUUGUUGAAAGAGCAUCACACUGACUUCAAGGCAACAUGCAAUGUAAUGGGGGAGAAUAAUUUGAAGCCAGUGGCUUUGGUUUAAACACUGGCAAGGGUUUUUUUCCUUCUCUUUUUUCCCCUCCUCCUCUCUGUUCAUCAUCACCUUCUUUUUUUUCCAUUCAAGAUUCAUCUUCCCCACAACAGCAACACAAGGAAAAUAAGGAGUACUCCUUCAGUUUGGUGAUACAUCAUCGGACCCUGGUGUAAAAGACUGUUGGUGACCAUCCAGAGUCCCUUGUUACUUCUUCACCUCAGUCUGUUCACUCCAAUAUCUUCCAGAGUGUUGGUUUAGGCAUUUGUUUGUUUGUUUUCCAUUACCUCCAUUUUACCAUGUGUCCAGUUCUGCUAACUCAACCUCUCAGCUCAAAAUCACAUUUGCUGAUGUCUUGCAGCACAAACUUCCUGGUACCUCUUAAUGUUGCUUUAUGUCCCAUUAACCAUGGCCAUUAACUAUUCAAUCACUUCUAGGCUGCUUUGAAUAAGAACCCUAAGCAACCAUGCUAUGUUUAAUCAUAAGGCUCCUGUUCUGUUUAACUUGAAUUACUGCGAACUAACCACAAUGACUAUGAAGGGAAUUACCGCAUGCAAGUCACCUCUGUGUUGUUCCUCUCACCUGUAGUGAGGGAUUUAUCACUUGGAUACAGUCUAGCUCAGAGUUUGAACCUGUGUCUGUCUCCAGAGAAAGAUGAACUUGUCUCUGAUGUUGAAAAAUAUGUCAUGUUUUACACCAAAAAGGUCUUGAGUGCUUGUUUCUGAAUGAAAGCUUGAAAAAGUAGUGACUGUUACAUCUGAAGCUGGAUGCCUCUAGGAAGGGCAAUGGCUCAAGAUCACAGUUCAUACUACGGAGAACACUCAUUUUACUGAACUGCCCACAGCUGCGGACUGGAUCUGUAUGUGACACACCAGAAACGCUUUUCCUUAUCACCUUUGAAUUAUUCUAUCAACUUUAAAAUUCUUGCUUAUGUGAGUAAUGUGGAUCAACAGUAAGUCAGCUCAUGUUAGUGUUGAUUAAAUAAGUAUUUACAAACUCGGGACUUCUCCUAGUAUAUUAUUCUCACAUCCCAGUUUUUCCUCAUAUUUUUGUUCUGCAACUAUCUUUCAGUGCAUGGGGUUUUUUACCUUUUAAAAACCUGACUUUUCUUUCUAUAGUCAGCAGAGGGAGCUAGUCACUUAUUUAAGUAAGAUCAUAGCGGUUUGUGGGUCCAAUCUUUCGCCUUUUUUGCCCUUUUUUCAGUUCACAUCAGCUAGAAUGGUUCUCACGCCUUAAAAUUUCUUUAAAAGGCUUUGGCACAGCGGCAGUCGUAACUGGUUUGACAAACUGUUACAGAUCAGGAAUAGGAUACCUUUCCUACCUCUCUCAUUUAAAGUAAACCAUCCCAAAUAUUACUGGAAGUCCAUUGUGGAAAUAACGUAUUUUGAAGCAGCAAGGUCGUUAAACAAAAACUUUGUACCUGGAAACAUGCGUUUGAGACAGGUGUGCCUUGCAGUAAGGCAAAAAAUGACAGGUGAGAACGGAAAGGUGUGUCGACUCUCCUGCUUCCAGUUCGAGUCACACAGCAUGUGUGUUGCAGUAACACUUCAGCAGGAGGCGUUUUAUUUAGAUUUUGAACGGGGUCUAUUACAAAUGGCGGUGUCAGAUGCACGUCCCCCGCUCUGCGCACCCACGCCGCGGUUGAGCCGUGUGGAGUCCCACGGGAGAGGACGCUCCGGUCCCCCCGCGUCCGCGCAGCGCCCUGCAGCUCCGCGCGUGAGACCAACUUAAGUACGUGUCCGCUCUAUUCCGGCACAAUCAGAGGUCAAGCCCCUCCUCCUCCUGCCUCGUGACAGCCCCACCCGGCUGGAGAUAACGUCACAGUGCCCCGCCUUUGGGGACCCGUUCCAUUUCGGGGACCCAGCACCGCGAGCACAGGCGCCAGAGGCCCCUCUGGAGCAGGAGCGGCGUGUCCACGAUGAAUCUCAUUUUGCUUGUCCUUUUAUCCCUUCUAACUUCUGCAGAGGCUACCAGAAAAUUUAUUUCACCUUACGGUGCAAAAUUCCAUAGGAGACAAAAGUCCAUACAGCUUGUCCCGCGCUUCCAGCAGCCACACAGCAUCCAGGCAGAAGCACUACCUGGAGAUUAUUUGGAAAAAGAGGACGAAGAUGAUGACGAUGAUGAAAAAAACACAAAUGUUGAACAAAGUCCUGAAAAUUCUGCAAGGACAUCUGUGUCCCACCAUGAUGAUGGAGAGGAUCUGUUAAAGAAGAGUAUUCAGAAUUUGCAGGAGAGAACAAUGUUCGCCACCACGAGAGGAGCGGAAGAGGAAGAGGAGAGUUCUCAGGAAGAAGAGGAGGAUUCUCAGGAAGAAGCGCAGAUUUAUCAGGAAGAUAAGAAGCUGGAAUCCAAAUUGGGACCCCAUUACCAUAACACUCUUCCUUGGAGCAACAGUGACGAACUGCCUUUGGAUGUGACAGACACCGGUACCUGGCCGACAGUUAAAGAAACCAAAGAAGACAAUUUUAAAAUACACCUAUUGUUUGCUGUGUCAUGUGCAACUCUUGUGUGGUCCUUAGUAUUUAUGUUAUGCUGUUUUACGGCUAUCUUCAAGUACAACAUUGAAAAACGGAAUUUUUAUAAGAAUCUCAGAUGCUCAGGUGAAAAACUGAAACCGUUUUCUGCAUCUUAUUCUGACCUUCCGAAGAUCGUUCAUGAUUCUCCAGUUUCCAGAUCUGCAGAAAGCAGUCUAUGGCAUGAGAAAAUGGCAUCAGACAUACUGAGUAAUGAGAAAAGCACAAAAUCAGAAACAGUACCUUUGCUAGACUCUGUACUUGUUAUGCCACCGAUUUCUCAUGCAUCAAGUAUUGCCAGUUUUAUUUCAAAUGAAGACUCAAAUGAAGAUGACAACUAAAUAGAAUCUCAUUGACAGUGAGUGACAAGCUCUCUAACUCAGAUGUUGGUAGAUAUGCAAUGAAGUUUAUAUAGAUAGUACUUGUGAUUUGUUAAAUUUGUAACUUGAAAUUUCGCUACAGAACAAAAUAAAAUGUACAUUCUGAUAA